AUGUCUAAUAAUUUAGCAGCAUAUUUCACAAAGGGUAGUACUACUACUGAUGAUAAUAGCAAUAAUACUUCUUCCACCAGUUUAAAUGCUACGGAUACAAUAAAUGAAGAUGAUGACAUGGGUCCUAAAGUUUCUAUGGCUGUAGAGGCUAAUAACGACGAGGACUUUAAUAAUAAUACCUUCAGUUUGAAAAGAACAAGAAGUAUGGGUCUAUUAGGAGAUUAUGUGGACCCUGCGAAAAAAUUAUUAGGUGGUCAAUCAGAUGCCAAUACAGCAAUGGGGAAAAAAGGAAAAGAAAUAAAAAAUGUUACUGAUAAAGAUACUCUUGUAUCAGAUUAUAAUGAUAACAGCAAUAGUAACAGUACGGAUAGUUUAUACAGUAACGAAAAAGAAGACACCAAUUCACCCCCUAUUCCCGACGAUGACAGCUAUUUAUUAACUCAUGAUGAUAACGAUGUAGUGGACGAGCCGAAAAGACAUGUAGAUUAUUUUUCACACCAAUGGGAUGAAUCUGACAUUUCUAAAUCCUGGAAAUAUAUCAUAUUGAAAAAGAAGAAAAAAACUGGCACCAGGGAGGAGUAUGACGAGGAUUUGGUUAAUGCUGCAAGGUUGGAAAAUGCUAGUUGGCGUACCUGGGCUAAAGCCCGCAACAAUUUAAAAACUGUAUCGCCUGAAGUUGUUAAUUGGAGUAAAGAUAGUGAUGUUACAUGGUUAUACGGACCAAUUGUGCCAGCCGUGAGCGAACGUCAUCGCAACACUGCUCAUAACGGCACUAGUGGCAGUGCUGAUACAGUUGACCAGGAUGUUGAUGCAUAUGGCUCAGAUGGGGAAACAAGCAUUAGGACUGUAGUUAAAAAAAAAUUGAAAAAUAAAAAUAUUCUUGAGAAUCAUACAACAAAUAGUAAUAAACCUGUUAUUAAACCUAUUUUAAAGAAAAGGACAGUUACGGAAAUAAUUGAAGAAAAUUCACAAUGGAAAUUAAAUUUGGCAAGAAAACAUUUGUUGCAUCAUCACCAUCCUCAAGGAACUGCUCAUGGUACAUAUAAUAAUACUAUUAUUAAUGAUGAUUAUGAUGAUAACGGUAAUAGAAGUGCUACCUAUUCCCCAUGUUUGGAAGAUAUUCAAUAUCCACACGAGGAUUACAAUGCCCUAGCUGCAAAGGUUAACGCACAGUAUUAUCGUAUUCCUGUAAAGGAUGAAGUUAGUACUAGCAAUAAAGACAAUGAUUCUUCAAUUCAAAACACCGAUAAACCAUCAAUUGCAUCUACUAACAGUUAUGCUACGAAUGAUAAUAGAAAUAAUAUUUACAAUAAUGAUAAUGAUAAUGAUAAACAAAAUGAAUUCUAUAUAGAAAAUGAUACCAAUAUCAACAAGAACGAUAUUAGUGUUAAUGUUAACAACAACAACAACAACAACAACAACAACAACAACAACAACAACAAUAAUGACAGUGUUAACACCGGUAUUAACAAUAGUGGUUACAAUGAAAACGACAAUAAUGCUGGCGCUGACGAUACUGCUGAGGAACCUAGAUUAAUGUCUAUUUUAUCAACAGCGAACAACGCAAAAAACAGCGGGAUUUUCACCACUAGGGCCACUAAACGUCAUAUUCACUUUAACGAUCGUGUAGAACAGUGUAUUUCAAUUGACCCGUCCGCACGCUUGUCUUCUGUAAGUUCUGGUACUGACCAUGAAGGUUCUGACUCAGAUUCAGGUUCAGGUUCAGGUUCAGAUUCAGAUUCAGAUUCAGAUUCAGAUGAUGGCGGCUUGUUUAUUAAUACUUCGGCAGGACGUUCCAUAGCCAAUAAUAAUAGUGCUAUCAGUCGCAGAAACUCAUCUGUUUCUACUUCGCCGGAUAGUUUUCAGCUAGGCAGCAGAGGUAAUAGAAAUGAUGCCACUAGCAUUACUGGUAAUAACGAUGCUCUAAGUAAGACGUGUCCCAUUAUAAGAUUAUUGCCUGCGACAAGCUUGAAUUAUGGUUCCGAUGAUUCUGAGUAUUACACAGAUAGCGAUGAAGAAGUAGAACACCCGUAUUAUUCGGAUACUGAAACUCAUAACUAUGAAAAUGGAGUCAGUAAUUAUGGUAAUAAUGCCAACAGCAAUAGCAAUAAUGUCGAUAAUAACGGUAGUAAUGGAUAUGGUAAUGCAUUAUCACACAAUGUAAACACUUCUAGAGGAUAUGACUAUAUGUAUGAUUACAAUACGGUUUACACAGGCGAUACCUCAUCUUUUUUCAAUAUGAAUAAUAAGUGCAAUUUUCUAGAUGUUCCACAAGAAUUUCAGUCACCGCACCCAGAAGAUUCCGCCUCUAAGUCUAAUUUGAAUAAUAGACCAAUUACUUCAUCCAUUAAUUCGCCUGUUUUACCAACAAGCUCUACCUUUAUUCCUAAGAAAUUAGGUAGUGGUGAUGAUGGUGAUGGUAUUGAUAAUCCCGAUACUACUACUACUACCACCACUAUAGCCGCUGAUGCUCCUGCUGCUGCUGCCACCAAUACUACUCAUAAUAACGAUGAACCUCAGUUUAUUGAACACAGUCCAAUUAGCGAUCAAGAAAGUGAUAGUGAUGAUGGGAUUAUAUUGAAAAGAACAAAUAGUGGCAGGAUACCUUCCAAUCAUAAUUUACAAAGUUUAAGUAACAAUAUUAGUCACACACAUAGUUUUGUUACAGGAAAGCCAUUACUAAAUUUAGGUGGGCAUAAUAAUGAUACCAACUCCAAUAUCACGGACAAUACUGAUAAAAGCAAUAAUUUAGGUCCAUUUUCUAAUGCUUUGACAACUGAUGCUUCCAAACGUCACAAUAAUUAUAAUAUACACCACGAACAUAAAUUAGUUGCACCUAAAAAAAGGUCGUUUGUAUUUUAUGAUAGUGAUGAUGAGGAUGCCGAUGAAGGGUCUACUAAUUGUACAAAUGAAAAUAGCGGGAUAGCUGAUUCUAAAACCGCUCCAUCAAAUGUUGUCAAUAAUACUAAUACUCCUCCUGAUUUGCAAAAUGAUAAGCUUAGUAAAAGCAUUAUUAUUCCAACAGCGCCUAGGACUACGACGUCUUCGUUAUUAAGGGAGGCUAACUGCCACAAUAACAGUUCUAUAAGGUUAAGUCCAAAUUCUGCGUCCAUGCAAAAAAUCCUUUCAUCAAACUCGUCUGACGGGAUAUUGUCCAAUUCUUCGACCAAUACAAAUAAUUCCUAUACAUCGAUUAAUAAUACUUACACUGGUAAUUAUAUGGGUGGAAAUAAUUUAGUUAAGGUGAGCUCUAGUAAUACACAAGCUUCGUUAAGUGAUGUUGCCGCAAAGGGGUACUUUGCAGCUCCUGUUAUUCAUUCUUCUGGUAGUAAUAAUAGUCUGCACGAUGAUAUUUUAUGUGCUUCUUUCAACAAUAGUAAGUCGAAAACAAAUGUGAAUGCAGGUGAUACUACACAUUUGGAUAAUAUCAAUGACAAUGCAACUAUAACAGACAGUAACAAUGGCAGUAAAGAAGAAAAUAUUGGUAGUAUGAUGAAUAGUGCAAGAGAAAUUGCUAGUAAGUAUUUGCAUUCAUGGAAAAAGGAGUGA